CACAGCUGCUUGUUGUCAUGGAGGAGCAAAGAUGGCGGUCCUGGCCUAUAGCCUAGGCAAACGCAUAAUAAAUCAACAUUUUACCAUUAAAAAUGCCAAAUUAAUAUCGCUAGCACUCGUUAUUUCACUCCUCGUGUUUCACACAGCGUCGCGGUAUUAUGGAGGAGGAGACUCAUGUGAAUGGCUACUGUCCAGAGGACGUUACUUGGGGGAGAACGUAUGGCAGCCUUAUGGCUGUAUUAUGCACAAAUACAAAAGCAAUGAAGCCAAAACCUGUUUGGCUGAAAAGCGUGUGGCCUUUGUUGGUGAUUCACGAAUCAGGCAGUUAUUUUACUCCUUCAUCAAAAUUAUUGCCCCUGAGCAAAGAGAAGAAGGAAUCAAGGUAAUUAUGAGAACCAAUACCAGUGACCUCAGAGUUUUUGUCAAGAACGUGUUCAUCAGAGGUAGCAAAAGGUGUGGGACAAAGCAUGGUGAAAUUGCAUGGACUUACAAGUCUAUGGCUCUACAGAUGUGAGGCACAACUGG